GCACCUUCCACCAUGUUCCGUCUGGCAGUCGUUACCUGUGUGGUCCUGGCCACCGGCCUGGCCAAGCCGCCUCCCCCGGCCAAGGCCGACGGCGGUCCCAUCGAGCCACUCGAUGUCGAGCCGGUCGCAUUCCAAGAGGGAGGGAGAGGAAACGAGGAUCCCGAGCCUGUCCCGUUCCUCGCGAAGGAAUCUCGUGCCACAUACACGCUGCCAUCCGGAAGGUACUAUUUCACGAGUCCCAACUACCCAAAUCAGUACCCGAACAACCAUGACAGCAGUUUCACGGUGAAGGGAGACAACAACCAGGACAUCACCAUCAACUGCAGCCCGUUCAGCAUGGAGAGCCACUCCUCCUGCGCCUACGACUACCUCUCCAUCAACGAGCGCAAGUACUGCGGCUCUAGCGCGCCUCCCGCCACCACCGUUUCCGAGCUGCGCAUCCGCAUCUACACCGACUAUUCGGUGACGGCCACCGGCUUCUACUGCCUGGUCACCAUCGCCGCCGGCUCCGGCACCACGACGACGUCGGCGCCGCCGAGCGGCGACUGCCAGUGCGGCCUGCGCCAGACCCGCGUGGUGGGCGGCGCAGACGCCACCGCCGGCCAGUUCCCGUGGCAGGCCGGCCUCGUCAGCACCGGCAGCACCCGCUCCUGGUGCGGCGGCAGCGUCAUCAACAACCGCUACGUUCUGACGGCGGCCCACUGCACCGAGAACAGCAGCCCAAGCCAGAUCCAGGUGAUGCUGGGCGACCUGCGCAUCGGCACCUCCGACUCCGGUGAGCAGCGCUUCUCGGUCCAGCAGAUCAUCCAGCACCCGCAGUACACGAGCGCCUCGGGCAGCGGCUGGGACUUCUCGCUGCUGAAGCUUGACCGCGAGAUCAGCUUCAGCAACACCAUCUCGCCCGUCUGCCUGCCGACCGCUGGCCAGACGUACGCCGACGUCACGGCCAUCGCCAGCGGCUACGGCCGUGUGGGCGCCACUGAGCCUCAGGCCACCCACCUUCAGCACGUCACCGUGCCCGUCUGGAGCCAGAGCCGCUGCCAGGGCACAUGGGGCUCAACGAUCAAGAGCAGCAUGAUCUGCGCCGGCGGCUACCCAGAGGGCGGCAGGUCGGUCUGCAUGGGCGACAGCGGCGGCCCGCUGGUGACCGAGGUCUCGGGCCGGUUCCGUCUGAUCGGCGUCGUCUCGUUCGGCCGGCCGUGCGCCGUGGCCAACUGGCCCGACGUGUAUGGUCGCGUCACCGAGGCGCUGUCCUGGAUCGCCACCAACACGGCUGACGCCAACACCUGCACCCCGUAGGCGGCAUAUGGCCACUGGGCACGGGACUUUCUGGCACAGCCGAGGAGGGUCGCCCCCAAGGCCCAACAACGCUUGUGUAUCGCUAUGCCUUGUCAUCUAACGAAGGUGACUGCUGGAAAUAAAAUUUGAUCAAGUCUAUUGAAAAUGGUUCCGUCUUUGCAUUGUGCUGCUUACCGCCGCUAAUUAUCGAUCCGAUUCAAAAUAUCUGUGACGACUUAGAAAUGUACAGGCAAUCUUAUGGUCAAAUAAAUACGAAAAUCAACCCAA